AUGGACCAACUCACCAAUAUGUACAGGAAUGUUGAAGUCCAAUUAGGGCAAAUAGCAAAUGUGGUUAACAAUCACAACCAAGGGGAUUUACCUAGCAAAAUUGAGGUGAACCCAAGAGAGCAUGUGAAGGCUAUAACCCUCCGUAGUGGUAAGGAAGUAGGUGAGUUGCCUGUAGUUGAAUGUGAGAGAGAAUGUGAAAGAAGAGAGAACAAGCAGUUGAGUGAGUUAGGAAAGGACGGCAAGAAAAUCAGAGGGAAAGAAAAGAUGGAGGAAAAUGAACCACAAAUGGGAGAUACAACACCAAUUCCACCGUUGUCAUUUCCACAAAGAUUGAAGCCUUCGAGAAAUGACAAAGAAUUUGAGAAGUUUGUCAACAUUUUCAAACAAUUACAUAUUAAUAUUCCUUUUGUUGAUGCUAUUUUGCAGAUUCCUUCAUACGCAAAGUUUCUCAAGGAGAUAAUGACUAAGAAAAGAAAGUUAGUAGAUAGUGAGACAAUUGCAUUAACGGAAGAAUGUAGUGACAUCAUACAAAACAAAUUGCCACCAAAGUUGAAAGAUCCAGGGAGUUUCACAGUUCCUUGCACUAUUGGUAAUGUAGAAUUCUCUAAAGCACUUUGUGAUCUUGGUGCGAGUGUGUCAUUGAUCCCUUUAACUGUGGCUAGGCAAUUGGGAUUGAAAGAGUUAAAGCGUACUAACAUUUCCUUGCAAUUGGCUGACAGGUCUAUUAGACAUCCAAUGGGCAUAUUAGAGAAUGUGCUCAUUAAAGUACAGAAAUUCAUUAUUCCUGUUGAUUUUGUUGUUUUAGAUAUGGAGGAAGAUGUUCAUGUACCUAUUAUACUUGGUAGACCAUUUCUGGCCACUGCAGGUACAAUAAUAGAUGUCAAACGAGGUAAGUUUAAGUUCCAAAUCGGUGAAGAGGAAGUUGAAUUUGAUUUGAGUAAAGUGGAGAAAUAUCCCUCUUUUACCGACCAUGUUUAUUCUGUUGACAUAUGUGAUAAAUUGGCAUUAGGGAUGAGUCAAGCUAAUCUUGAUGAUGAUUCUCUUGAACUUUGUCUUAAUGGUGCAGGCUUACAAAAGGAACAAGUUGAAAAAAUGAUUGAAUUUUUGCAGGCACGGGUUCCUUACAAAAGGAGAAAUACGUAUGAGGAGUUAGGACUGAGCAAAGGAUUACCACCACCAUCGUGUGAGCAAGCUCCACGGCUUGAGCUUAAGCCACUUCCUAAACACCUCAAAUAUGCAUUUCUUGGAGAAAAAGAGACAUUGCCGGUGAUUGUCAAUGCUACACUAGAUGAGAAACAACUAGGCAAACUCUUACGUGUUUUGAGGAAGCAUUUAAAGGCUAUAGGAUGGAUGAUUUCUGAUAUCAAGGGAAUCAGUCCAACUAUUUGUAUGCACAAGAUUUUGUUGGAAGAAAACUCUAAACCAGUGGUUGAGAUUCAAAGAAGGUUAAAUCCAAAUAUGAAAGAAGUGAGAUGUGAAGAAACAAACUUUGUACUCAAUUGGGAAAAAUGUCACUUCAUGGUUUGUGAGAGUAUUGUGGUAGGCCACAAAAUUUCUUCAGAAGGUAUUGAGGUAGAUCAAACCAAAAUAGAGGUUAUUGAGAGAAUGCCUCCACCUAUCAAUGUGAAAGGCAUUCGUAGUUUUCUUGGAUACGUGGAAUUUUAUCGGCGGUUUAUUAAGAAUUUCUCCAAGAUUGCUAUACCUUUAUGUGAAUUACUUGCAAAAGAUGUUCCUUUUCACUUUAAUAAUGAGUGCUUAUUUGCUUUCAAUAGGUUGAAUGAUACGAAUCCUAGGAGGUGUUCAUGCUCUAUUUCUAGAUCCAACAAAGAUUCAUUGGGGGCCAAUGAAUAG